GUCACGUGCAGUUUACGCUUCCAAUCCAACUGUAAUAACCGGUCUGACUGCAGAACAGGCAGCAGUUUUCAGGCUGAAACCUUGUCGUCCGGGGCCUCGAGUCUUGGCCAUGCUGAAGCCCGUGAGCGAGUGGAUUAAGCACAGUUUCCAGACGGUGGAGAAUGUGUCUUCGGACUCGCUGGAGCAGCUGCUGAAGGAGGACAGGGAUCGGGUGGUGCUGGUGGACGUACGGAGCCCUGGCGAGUUCGAGGUCAGUCACUUACAAGGAGCUGUUCGUGUUGAACCAGACAACACUGCCAUGGACAGCGUGAUCCAGCAAUUGGACUUGGGGCUGGCAGGUGGUGAGGAACUGAGAGAGAUCAUCUGCUACUGCACCACUGGCUAUCAGGCUGCACAUCUGGCUCAGAACCUCAACACCUUUUUGGAAAGUGAAUGCGGUCGAGGCUUGCGUGGACAGCUGAAAGUUUCUAACCUGGAAGGCGGGUUCCUGAAAUGGACCAGAGAGAACAGGGCUAUAGUGGACAGCAGCAACCAGCCCACGACCUUGGUUCACCCCUAUAAUGAGCUGUGGGUAGAGCUGCUAAAGGCUGAAUUUAAGGCUCCUGUCUAACCCCGGGAGCGGAACGAGAAUAACAUGUGUUUAUACCGAGCCCAUCAUGUAACUUUCAGCGACUCAAAGCGCUUUAUAAUAUAAUUGAUUCAAAAUGAAGUGAAAUUAAUUCUACAGGCAAACACAGCUGCUAACCUGUCGAUCACAAACCGCGAUGAAGUGAAUGGUUAUUUUUUUUUCUGGGGGAAUUGUUGGCCACGACUUUGGGAGAGAGAAAAACUCCCUUCUCUUUUCAAGUAGUGUUGCGGGAUCUUUAGCGUCCACCUGAACAGGCAGACUGGACUUCGGUUAACUGCAGUGUUCCGCCUCAGCACCUCACCAGAGUGUCAGCCUGGACUUUGAGUUCAUAAUCCCACAACUUUGCUUUCUGAUUACAAAAAGAAACAUGCCACAAGAUAAAUCAGAUAGCUAAGUGCUGAUUUACUGUCAUAAAAGACCGAGCACAUAAAUGACUAUUAACAGCCUAUGAUAGAUCGCAUUGACAUUGAUUAAUCAAACUUAAGUCUGUUUGCCAACGAUCAAUUUAAGUCUCUGAGACACAUGGAGAGUUCACCUGUCUCCACGACAGAAUAGGUCAAUGCUCUUGUUAACCUGAUCUGCAUUGUUGAGUAUGGUGAUGGU